CGAUUGUCCUUAGCAAUUUUGCUUCUUCGUGUUGAUAUAUUCUUUGGCUGAUUAUUAUAAACAUAACCCACUCGUAAUUUAAAAGGAAACAAAAAAAUAUGAGCAAUAUUUAUAUUUUAGAACCUCCAACUUCGGGAAAAAUUUUGCUCAAAACCACAGCGGGAGAUAUCGAUAUCGAAUUAUGGUCAAAAGAAACUCCCACGACUUGUAGAAAUUUCAUACAGCUGUGCUUGGAAGGAUAUUACGACAAUACCAUAUUUCAUAGGGUCGUUAAAAACUUUAUUGUGCAAGGUGGCGAUCCAAGCGGGAAUGGUACAGGUGGAGAAUCCAUAUACGGAGAACCUUUUAAAGAUGAAUUCCAUCAAAGGCUACGUUUCACCAGAAGGGGAUUGGUCGCGAUGGCAAAUGCCGGCAAAGAUGAUAACGGCUCCCAAUUUUUUUUCACUCUCGCUGCAACCCCAGAGUUGCAGAAUAAACACACUAUUUUCGCCAAAGUCACGGGCGAUACGGUUUUUAACAUGCUCAAAUUGGCAGAAGGUUUAAUAGAGGACGAGAGGCCGGUAUACCCCUAUAAAAUACUUAAAACGGAAGUGUUACACAAUCCGUUCGAUGACAUUGUCCCAAGAGUCAAAGAAACAGUGGUCAAAGAGAAAAAGAAGAAAGAAAAAAUCCCGGGAGUCAAAAACUUUAAAUUGUUAUCAUUUGGAGAAGAAGCUGAGGAAGACGAAGAGGUGUCUGCGAGAGAAAACGUUAAGCUUUCCGGAAAAGGGAAAUCUUCACAUGACAUGCUGAAUGAUCCAAAAUUAAGUGCACAGACAGAUAAAAUACCAGAAAUUAAAGAGGAAGAGAUUGAUGCGGAGGAGCAAUUAGAAAAUAUAAGAAAAAAAUUAAAAACUGGCCACAAGAAAUCGAAACCCGCGUCGUCUCGAAAAUCGCAAGCAUCCGAAAUUAUUGACGUAGAUGAUGACGCCGACUUAGAGGAGUAUUAUCUUCAUAAAGAUAGAGAUAUGGAAAGAAAAAAGAAAGUAGAAGAGCUUAAAAAGGAAAUUCAAAACAUAAAAAAAGAGUACCGCAAGAACAAAAUCGAUAAAAACGCGCAAAAGGAGGAGAACCUUAAGAAGGAACAGGAGAAGAACGCCGCCAUCAAAGACUUUGAGGAGGAGUACAAUGUGUACAAGAGCAAAAAUAAAGCGCUGCCUAAAAAAGGGGCCGGCAGGGAGGAGUUCACUUUGCAACUCUUGGAGGAGUUUAAAAAGAAAUUACGCUCCGUCAAAGAAGUGGAACCGGAAAGUGAUGCGGAAGAAAAUAAAGAUGAAGAACGAGAGAAAGACUGGUAUUCGCACGAAUUGCACUUCACCGACAACACGGUGCUAGCGAAAGACGCGAACACAAAGGAUGACGAUUGGUUCGAAAUUUACGACCCCCGGAACCCGCUGAAUAAGAGAAGAAGAGGGGAGCCCACCACGAAGAAAUAG